AAGGGGAUAAGACGGCGUUUUUAUGAUAAUUUUUCGUGUGGUUCUGUCGCGCUCUGGUUUUCUUGCGUAGGAUAUUUCUGCGGGCCCGUCGUUGCUCGUUUUUUUGCGGUAUUGAAGCACGCUUUCGGAAGUGGGUGGUUGAAGAUCUUCAUAAACAGGGGGGCGACGGUGUGUUAUCAAGAUAAGCUUGUAGUGUGCUGAUUGCUUACCGAUUACGGUUGGUUGAAUGCUCACUGAUUGGUCCUCGUUGACAGAUAGCGGAAAAUAGAGCUGAUGAAAACAGAAUAUCGGAAGCCGAUAGAGGAAGCUGUUGAUGAAGUGAUUAUACCAUGUUUAAUGAAUAAUUUAUCUCUGCUAUUGUGAGAUAUUGUGGUUUUAUUAAUACAAAAGUAAUCACUCGAGAUUACCGACUUACGAUAGCGAUGCUGGUGGCUAGUGUUUAGUGGAUUUUGUUUGUGGUGUUGUUUGUCUAUACAACGUGUUUCGCAAAAAGCAGGAUUCGAGUGAUCGUGUGUGGGUGGUAGCUUUUAUAGAUCUGUAUUUAUGUGAUCAUCAUUAUCAGAGAAAGGCAAAAUGUAUCUACGGCUUAAUUGAAGGCUCUCUAAACGAUCCGGAUUUCACGGUGAACUCAGUGACAAAAACACCAAGAAGAAAACUGUUUCUCAGUGAAUUCGUUGAUGACAAGGACAAGGACAAUUCCUUGCAAACAGAAAAGCGAAUAACUGGAGCCAUUCCAAUCAUCAUAAAGGUGAAAACUGCGUCAGCAUUCGGUUGAAUUUAUAUAGGAUCGUUCCCAACUCUUCGCAACAUUGUAACGUGUUCCAUUACAAGUCAUUAAUCGCUGCUCCCCCUUUGGCAGCAAAGCACCAGCACCAGUAAGGUACCAGCAGAUCAUGUUUCACUCGACUGCAGCGGCCGCGUACUCCGAUAUGACAGCAGCUGCGGUAGCCACGGGUAAUUCCGGAUCGUAUCACCAAACGGCCGCCGCCGCAGCAGCUGCCGCCAAUGCCCCAGUUUAUGUGCCGUCGAACCGAGCGCUGGGCCACUCGCAGUACGGGCACGCAGCGAACUUCCCCACGCAGAAUGGGUGGCCCACGGAUGGAUUUGGCACGACCCAUACGCAGCUACCGCCUCAGUUCUACGCGCAAAACGUGAUGAUGGGCUCCUGGCGCGCCUACGAUCCAACUGGAUUCCAACGGACGUCACCGUAUGACAGUGCCAUGGACUUCCAGUUCGGCGAGGGACGGGAGUGUGUCAAUUGUGGGGCCAUCUCAACACCACUCUGGCGUCGCGACGGCACCGGUCACUAUCUUUGCAAUGCAUGCGGGCUCUAUCAUAAGAUGAACGGUAUGAAUCGUCCCUUGAUAAAGCCAAGCAAGAGAUUGGUGAGUACUGCCACCCGUAGAUUGGGUCUUUGCUGUACGAACUGUGGCACCCGAACGACGACGCUGUGGAGAAGAAAUAACGACGGCGAACCGGUGUGCAAUGCAUGUGGCCUGUACUUUAAGCUGCACGGUGUGAAUCGACCGUUGGCGAUGCGCAAGGACGGCAUACAGACUCGGAAGCGGAAACCGAAGAAAACGGGCACCGGUGGCGCGGCGGACGUGAUGGCCCUGGUAGGCGCCAAAAAGGACGAUCUGAGCGAUGGAUCCCACCUACAAACCGAUCGCAACGGGAACUCCAAAAACCUAUCGUCCAGCCCGAAAACUCCAAGUCUAACAUCGCCACCCCUAAGAUCUCUCCACAUUUCCCCGCACCACCAUCACCAUCACCAAUCGUACAACCUUCCCUCUUCGCUGACAUCCUCUCACCAUGCGGCGUCACUGAACCUCGGUGGCAAAUAUGAUCUCUCAUCCCUAUCCACGACAGGAUCGCUAGGCAGUAUUGGCGUGGGAAGUGGUGGCAAUGGCACCGGCACGGUUUCCUCAUCCCACCAACAGACACACAACACCUCUCACAUCUACAGCACUCCAACGUCUAAUCCGAAUCAGCAUUCGGCCGGAAACAACUACAUGCACAAUACCGGCGCCAGCAUAGGCUCGUCCCCAUUUGGCCAGAUCAAGUCGGAAUCCAACCCUCUGGCAUCGUCGACACCGACUUCGGUGGCAUCCAAUGGAUACGGUGAUUAUAUGAACAACUGCCUUCAAAGUGGAUACUUUGGGGGUACAUUCGGUUCACUACACUCUCACCAUAGUCCCCAUUCGACGGGCAUGGGAGGAACGGUCAAUGGCACCCUGCCCCAUACCCAUCAUCACCACCACCAUCACAGCGCAGCUGCCGAUCUCGCCGGAUAUCAUCACCAGCACAACGUCAUACAGGCAGCCAAACUAAUGGCCUCGUCCUAAGCAGCACCGCAAGCAGAAUUUUCUAUACGAUUGUUAAUAGUACUUAAUUCACUUAAGUUCCUCGCUUCAACUGCUUGUUGAGUUCACGAGGGCACAACAGUUCGUUUCUUGUAGGCAGAUUCGACACCGUUAGGUGAAAAGACUUAUGGCAGAUAAGAUUUAUCUGAGCAACAUAAUAUCUGUAAAUGACAAAUUGUAUAACGAUUUAUUGGCUUGUUAGGAAUAAUUAGAGGUAGCAUUUU